AAAGCUUCCUCAUUUCAAAGACAAAAGGAAAGAGAGCUCUUUAGCUCUUCCUCUCCAAAAGAAAAUAACAAUGGCAACCACUUGUACAACACUAUCUCUCUGCUCAUCAUUUACUGCUCAAUGCACAAUCUCUAAUCACAAGCAAAACCCAAAUUUUAUUUCGAAAACCCACUUUUCCUCUAAUCCUAAAAUUGGGCCUUUCACCAAAUCCCACAAGCUUACCACAAGACCCUCUUUUUUACCCAUUCUAAAAUCAUCUGAAUCCGAUGCUCCCGUCCUUGAGGUUGAGGAUGCUAAUGCACCUGAGUUACAGCCUGAACCUGCUCCUUUUGUCGAGGUUGCUAAGGAGGAAACCAAGCGUGAGGAGAUUUUUGCUGUUGUUAUGGUUGGGGGGCGCCAGUAUAUUGUUAUUCCUGGGCGCUUUAUCUAUGUUCAGAGGCUGAAAGGUGCAAAUGUGAAUGAUAAGGUUGCUUUGAAUAAGGUUCUACUUGUGGGAACAAGAACCACCACAUAUAUUGGGAAACCAGUAGUGACUAAUGCUGUUGUUCAUGCUGUAGUUGAAGAGCAGGGAUUAAAUCCCAAGGUUGUUGUUUUUAAGUAUAAGAAGAAGAAAAACUAUCGGAGAAAUAUUGGUCAUCGGCAGCCAAAUACACGGAUAAGGAUAACAGGCAUCACAGGCUACCAAGACUAUCCAGCAGUUACCCUUGAUUCGUAGGGUUUUUGAAGGAGAUUUCGGAGUGUACUUAAAAGUCAUUCAACAUAUUUUUCAAGAUUCCUCUCUUUCUGUGUAUGUAAUUUCAUUUAUAGAUUAGCGUUUAGAUUGAAUUCUGAUUUAUUUUUUUUAAUGAUGUAUUAUGAAAAUUAAUUGCAAAUUAAUUACUUGUAGCCUGUAUCAA